GCCAAGGAAAACACCGGAGCCGAUGCGACUGUGAUUUACGUGCCCCCUCCCUUCGCUGCCGCGGCCAUCAUCGAGGCGAUUGACGCCGAGAUUCCGCUUGCCGUCUGUAUCACUGAGGGUAUUCCCCAGCAGGACAUGGUGCGCGUGAAGAAGCGUCUCAUGGCGCCUGGCUGCAAGACCCGCCUCAUCGGCCCCAACUGCCCCGGUAUCAUUAAGCCCGGCGAGUGCAAGAUCGGUAUCAUGCCUGGUCACAUCCACACCCCUGGCAAGAUUGGUAUCGUUUCCAGGUCUGGUACCCUGACUUACGAGGCUGUCGGACAGACGACCGCUGUCGGUCUUGGUCAGUCCACCUGUGUCGGUAUUGGUGGCGACCCCUUCAACGGCACCAACUUCGUCGACGUGCUCAAGCUGUUCGCCGAGGACCCCCAGACCGAGGGCAUCAUCCUCAUCGGUGAGAUCGGAGGCUCCGACGAGGAGGCCGCUGCUCAGUGGAUCAAGGACAACGCACUCGUCUCCAAGAAGCCCGUCGUCUCCUUCAUUGCCGGCCUUACCGCCCCUCCCGGCCGCAGGAUGGGUCACGCUGGUGCUAUCAUCUCGGGCGGCAAGGGAACCGCCACCUCCAAGAUCCAAGCCCUCCAGGAUGCUGGCGUCACCAUCUCGGAAUCGCCCGCCAAGCUCGAGGUGAAGGAGCCGCUGGAGGACGUGCUGCGCAAGGCCCAGUACCGCCAGGUCACCGACGCCCUGGAGCGCGAUGGUAGCCGCGUGCGCGUCUCCCUCGCCGAAUACCUCGACCUCUGCAAGCAGUACGCCCCCCCCCAAGCCCCCAUUUUCUUGUAG